AUGAAGGCACGGCUGCGCAACAUCGCUCUGCUGCUGUUGACCACCAUAACAGCAGUCGCGGCGAUAGAUGUCACGUUGAACCAAGAUGAACGCCAGAAAUGCUCGGGCAUGUACAGUAAGAAGUCGUGGGGAGGCAAGGUCGAACCCUUUAUACUUGUCAAGUUUAUAAAAGACCCUGAAAAGAACGCCGGCAUUCAAGACCCGACGGAAAACCGACAUUACAUCUGUGACGACGAAUCUAUCAAGUUGAACCUCUGCACCAAGGAACACAAGGGUGAAUGGGUACUCGCCCAAGAUGCUGACAACGUCUCGCAAAUGCACAUUCGAACCGCCGCAAUCAACCUCAACGACCCCAAGCCCAUCAAUUACCCAGUCGCAAAUGGAGACAAGAAAAUGUCAAUCAAGACAGGAUACUACUGUGUGGCCGUGGCCGCGGAAGACAAGCGUCUGCAAUACGAAGCCAUCGUAACCUUCCGCAAUGCAUACGGCGAAUUGCAAGCGGCCCAGAUCGCCAAACUUCCGUUUUACGGCGGUAUUACAAUUGUCUACUUUGUAGUAUUGGCCUUCUGGGGCUUCCUCUACUUCCAGAAUAGGCACGAUAUCCUGGCUGUUCAGAACUACAUCACGGCCAUUCUGGUGUUUUUGGUCUUGGAGAUGAUGAUGACCUGGGGUUACUACGAUUACCAGAAUCGCCAUGGCAACAACGUCGGCGCAAAGGCACUUAUGAUUGUCGUUGCUGUGCUGAACGCUUUCCGAAACUCGUUCUCGUUCUUCCUGCUCCUGAUUGUGUGCAUGGGCUAUGGUGUUGUCAAGCCUUCCCUUGGCAAGACUAUGACGGUCGUCCGCUGGCUCGCUGUAGCGCAUUUUGUCUUUGGCGUCAUCUACGCUGUCGCAUCGCUCACUGUUCGACCCGACGACGCCGGUCCUCUUGUGUUGCUGGUUAUUCUACCGCUCUCUGCUACUCUGACAGCAUUUUAUAUCUGGACGCUGAACUCGCUGAACCUCACCAUGAAAGACCUCAUGGAGCGCAAGCAGCACGUCAAAGCCACCAUGUAUAAGAGAUUAUGGUGGUGUAUUUUGACCAGCAUCAUCGUCAUCUUCGGCUUCUUCUUCAUCAACAGCUUUACCUUUGCCGGCGCAUCGACUCCGGACUUUGCACCGACCCACUGGCAGACACGAUGGUUUGUGCUUGAUGGGUGGCUGAACUUGGUGUAUCUGGCAGACGUCUGCUUUGUUGCGUACAUGUGGCGACCGACGGCUAACAACCGGAGGUUUGCAAUGAGUGACGAGAUUGCACAGGAUGACGAGGGGUUUGAGAUUGCUUCGCUGAGGGAAUCGCUGGACGAAGAGGAACGUGGUGCGGACCAGCCUCCCUCAUACGACCCUGGGCAGAGGUCGAAUAACAUCAAUGCGCGCGAUGCAUCGCCAUUGCCUGCGCCACAAGCACAGAAGCCUAUUGUGCCACCCAGGGAGAGCUUAGAUGGCGAUACCAUCUUUGCUGUGGGCGAGGAUGAUAAGUGGAGUAGUGAAGAUAGCGACGACGACGAAGAAGAAGAUGACGACGAGGAGGAUGAUUCAGACGAAGACGAGUCAGGGCCGUCGAGCCCCAAAGGAACUAACGAGCGAUCGCGAUUAACGGGCAAGAAGGACGAAUAA